AUGUUGUUGUUAAUCAAUGUCCUUCUCACCUUGUGGUUUUACACUGCUCAUGGACAGGGGAAACCUUGUGAUUAUCCAGUAAUCAAACAUGGAUGGCUAUAUUAUUCAUACAGAGGAUACUUUCCAGCACAUGUAAAUCAACAGUUUCUCUAUUCCUGUGAUCGGGAUUUUGUGCCUCCUUCACAACGUUCCUGGGACCACCUGACUUGCACAGCACAAGGAUGGUCUCCAGAAGAACCGUGCCUCAAAGCAUGUUCAAAAUCUGAAAUAAGAAUUGAGAAUGGAUUUUUGUCUGAAUCUACCUUUACAUAUCCCCUAAAUAAACAAACAGAAUAUAAGUGUAAACCAGGCUAUGUAACAGCAGAUGGUAAGACAUCAGGGUUAAUUACAUGUCUGCAAAAUGGAUGGUCAGCUCAACCUGUAUGUAUUAAGUCCUGUGACAGGCCAGUAUUUGAGAAGGCCAAAGUCAAAAGUGAUGGCACGUGGUUCAAGCUGAAUGACAGCCUGGACUACGAAUGUCUUGAUGGGUAUGAGACUCGAGAUGGACGCACCACAGGCUCCAUAGUAUGUGGUCAAGACGGCUGGUCCGAUAAAGCUGCAUGCUAUGGGAAACCUUGUGAUUAUCCAGUAAUCAAACAUGGAUGGCUAUAUUAUUCAUACAGAGGAUACUUUCCAGCACAUGUAAAUCAACAGUUUAUCUAUUCCUGUGAUCGGUAUUUUGUGCCUCCUUCACAACGUUCCUGGGACCACCUGACUUGCACAGCACAAGGAUGGUCUCCAGAAGAACCGUGCCUCAAAACAUGUUCAAAAUCUGAAAUAAGAAUUGAGAAUGGAUUUUUGUCUGAAUCUAGCUUUAUGUAUCCCCUAAAUAAACAAACAGAAUAUAAGUGUAAACCAGGAUAUGUAACAGCAGAUGGUAAGACAUCAGGGUUAAUUACAUGUCUGCAAAAUGGAUGGUCAGCUCAACCUGUAUGCAUUAAGUCCUGUGACAGGCCAGUAUUUGAGAAGGCCAAAGUCAAAAGUGAUGGCACGUGGUUCAAGCUGAAUGACAGCCUGGACUACGAAUGUCUUGAUGGGUAUGAGACUCGAGAUGGACGCACCACAGGCUCCAUAGUAUGUGGUCAAGACGGCUGGUCCGAUAAAGCUGCAUGCUAUGACUCUCAAGGAAAAUGUGGGCCUCCUCCACCAAUAGACAACGGAGACAUUACCUCACUCCUGCAAUCAGUAUAUCCUCCAGGAUAUACUGCUGAGUACCAGUGUCAGCUCUACUAUGAACUUAGGGGAAACAGAAACAUAGUAUGUCGGAAUGGAGAGUGGUCAGAACCACCAAAAUGCUUAGAGGCAUGUGUAAUUUCAGAAGAAACAAUGAAAAAACAUCACAUACAGUUAAGAUGGAAACAUGAUACAAAACUUUACUAUAAAACAGAGGAUACUAUUGAAUUUACGUGUCAACAUGGUUAUCAUCAACUGACACCAAAACAUACAUUUCGAACAACUUGUCAGGAAGGAAAGGUUGUGUAUCCUCAAUGUGGGUAA